UAUAGAGAAAAGAAUAAGUGAUCACACCAAGAAAGUGUGUAAACCCGUUGCUUGAUGGCAAAACUGAUCGGAGAAGAGCCACCGGUUAAAAGAAGAAGGAUGACGUUUAAUAUUCUGAUGCUUCCUGAUGAUUUGCUAUUGAAUUGUUUAGCUCGUAUCUCUAGAUUACACUACCCAGUUAUAUCCUUAGUCUCCAAGAGAUUGCGCUCUAUCCUUACUUCUUCCGAGCUUUACCAAACACGAACCCUCUUAGGCCGCACCGAGAGUUGUCUCUACGUGGGCUUAUCAGUCCAUCAUGAUUCUAAGCCGCUACGUUGGUUUACUCUCUGCCGGAGACCAAAUAGCUCGAGGAAAGUUUUAGUCCCAGUUUCAUCUCCCCAUCACUCUUUCCCCGAGUUCUGGCCAGCUGUUGCACUCGUUGGUACCAAUGUAUAUGUCAUUGGUGGUUUAAUAAAUAAGAUUGCGUCUUCUAGCGUCAUGGUUAUGGACUGUCGUUCUCACACAUGGAGUGAGGCCCCAAGCAUGCUUGUACCACGUCAGAGCCCAUUUGUUUGCGUUCUUGAUGGGAAAAUAUAUGUAGUAGGAAGCCAGAAAGACAAAACCACCUGGAUGGAGGUAUUCGAUACAAAGACUGGUAACUGGGAGUUUGUGCCGGGUCCUAGCGAAGAAAUAUGCAAAAGAGCUACUAGGUACCGAUGCAUAGGGUAUGGUGGAAAAGUUUACGUGACAGCUGAGAAAGGUGAUACAUAUGAGCUGAAUAGAGGUAGAUGGAGAAGAGGACCCUUGUUCAUCGAUAGGGCUGGUUUCAGUUCAUCUUUUUGUGUGAUAGACAACGUGCUGUAUCGUUGUAAUAGCUGUAUGAUCGAUUGGUAUGACUCUGAGGAAAAUUUGUGGGAAACGGUGAAGGGUUUGAAGGGAUUGGUUCCCUUUUAUUCGGGUUACAUCCAUGCUAAAGCGGCCAAUCAUGGUGGAAAAAUGGUGAUUUUAUGGGAGGAGAAAGUGUAUGUUAACAAGCUUCCUCAUGAGACAAAGAUUUGGUGUGCGGAAAUUACUAUUGAAAGACGCCAGAAAGAGAUGUGGGGGACCCCUGACUGGUUUGAAGUUGUCUUGUCUACAAAAAAUGAGCGAUUUGAUCAAUUAUCAUAUGUUUUUUCUGCUACUCUUUGAUGAAUACCACAGGAGAAACAUUGUUCAGUUUUUAAAUUUCCUUCGAAAAAAAAUAUUUUGUCUAUUUACGAAAGGCUUUGGUUCUAAGAUGUAUGAUUCCCUCUUGAAACACCUCUAAUUCUUUGCGGUUGGAGUUUUGCAGGAUAAUAAGCUAGCCAGACAAGUUAAACAGCCUAGUAGACCCUGAAUCGAAUUUUGGAAGCUUAUCCUUUAAGCCUCUCACCUGAACUUUGAGCUUGUUGUUCUUCUAAAAGCAGAACAAACGGCCGUUUAUGACACAGGAAGGAUAUAUCAGUGAGAUUAUUGGCUGUCUCACAGAUCAAAACAGAGGAAAGGUGCAACGUUUCCUUCUGAGAUACGUUUUUCAGGUUUCUUUAUUUGCUAUCUGGUCUGAAAGAAACCGAAGAAGACAUGGGGAAGACUCUCGUACACCGCUGUCCUUGAUCAAGUUGAUUGACAAACAGGUCAGGAACCAGCUGUCUAGCAUGCAGCAGCUGGGGGCAUUGUCGUGUGUGAAGGCCAUGGAAACAUGGUUCUCGUACUGAUGAGCUUUCAUAUGUAAUCUUUAUUUUUCAGCAAAAACUUUAAGAUACAAGUAACACAUGAUGUAAAAAGUUUUUUUUAGUUUGAAUUAAUUUAACAUUCGUUCAAUAAAAAAAAAAAAGCCCAAGACUAACCUUUUUGCUGAUAUAUUGCCACUUUCCUUUUGCACAGGGAACUUGUACAAGUUUCACGUUUGUAUACCUCCAAGGAACAUAUUUGAAACCAAAUGUGAGACUCCUAGACUUUCCCUCGAUGCUAUGUGUUAAUUAAUAUACCAGAUGGGCGUGGUUCGUAUGACCCAUGAGUGACUAAAAUGAGCUCUUGUUUAUUCACUUCUACUCAAUAAUACAUGAAGCUUUUUUUUUUUUUUUUUUUGUCAACGCAAUAAUACAUGAAGCUUAUUUUGUAGAUAAAAUGAGCUUGACUUGUUUAUUCACUUCUACUCAAUAGUAGAC